AUGCUGCCGGGGAAGGCAGAGAAGAGGAUCGCUUCGUCCAUCUUCAUCACCCUGGUGCCACCACGGAGGGAGGCAGUCACCAAGGAGAAAACCCAAAGGGAGACACAGCUGGGUGGUCCUGAGGUCCUGGGCACCCAUUGCCCCCGAAUCCCACCGCCUCAGCCCCCAGCAUUGCCCAAUGGGGGUGCUUAUCGGUGCUGUUUGUCCCCUCCGGCCGGGACAGCGUUUGCUUUUGGGGCAGAAACCUGCCCAGCAGCCCCUGUGCCUUCAUCCCCUCCAGUCCUCCUCCUCUCCGAAGCGCCCCAGCCCUUGUCCGCAGAGGCACUGGGUCCAGCCCUGCAGCAGCUGGACCUGGCAGCACCCAUCACCCUCCAGGCCCCUUCUGCCUUCCCUGCUGAAUUGAGGCCGCCCAAACUUUGUCAGGAGCAAGCAGGCAAGCCCCAGUGGCAGGAUGCAAAUGGAUACCUGGAGAGGGAUGGCUCCAGGGACAUCUGUGCCUUCUGCCACAAAGCGCUGGGGCCGCGGGAGCCGACGGUGGAGGCGACGUACCACGCCAGCUGCUUCACCUGCCGCGCCUGCCGCCGGCUCCUGGCCGGCCAGCGCUACUACCAAAGAGAGGGGCGCCCCAUCUGCGACACCUGCUACCAGGCCACGCUGGAGAAAUGUGCCAAGUGCCGGGGGGUGAUCACGGAGCGCAUUGUCCGUGCCCUGGGCAAGGGCUACCACCCCAGCUGCUUCUCCUGCACCGCCUGCGGCCGGGCCAUCGGCACCGAGAGCUUCGCCGUGGACGAGCAGGACGAGGUUUACUGCGUGGCUGACUUCUACAGGAAAUACGCAGCGGUUUGCAGCGCGUGCCAGCAGCCCAUCAUCCCCCGGGAGGACAAGGACACCUACAAGAUUGAGUGCCUGGGACGCAGCUUCCACGAGAGCUGCUACCGCUGCGAGAGCUGUGGGACACCCCUGUCACCAGAGCCAACAGAGAGCGGGUGCUACCCCCUGGGCGACCACCUCCUCUGCAAGACCUGCCACAUCCACCAGCGAAAUGAGUCAUCCUGCUAA